UCAGUUGUUUUAUUGCUGCGCGCGCAGACGGUUGGUUGUUCGGUAAACGUAAAGUGUCUGUCGACGUAGGUGUGCCAGCUUAGUGCGCUUGUGUAAGUCCCCCACCCAUUCCUUAAAAAGAUGUCGUACGGAGCGGAACGAGCGCUCUCCUAUUUAUAUCCCUUUAUCAUUGGGGCGUCGCUGAUCUGCUGCAUUACCUCAGCAGUGGCCUGGACGCAUUGGCGCUAUGUGCUCAACGCUUGCCCAGAUACCAAUUGCGGCUGUGUGCUGCACGGCCGCAGCACCUAUAACAGCUUCGAAGGUGGCAAUAUUGCAUAUUGCCACUACGCCACCUAUGGACUGCUUCUGCCCCUGGUCUUUGCCGUGGUGCUAGGCAUCUAUCAUUGCUAUCGCAUGUGCAUCGGCAAGGGACAGCGCAAGGCGGGCACCACAACAAUUAGACAACGCUCCGGCGACAUGGUUGUGGUAACCACGGAGUCCGAACUAUCUUCAGACGGCCUCUCCCCUUACUACUGGCUACCUGCCACGGUUAUAUCGGUCAUUAUGGCCAUUUACCAGCUGAUCUAUGCUGCCGUUUUUACCGAUGGAUUCGAAGUCACCUGCAAACAGUAUCGCGAGUCCUUGCUGAAGGAAAUUCAAGGCGUUGGCAACAUAGUGCCCGUGAUCAAGGCCCGUUUGUCCUGUGCAGCUGUGUUUGAUUUUAUGGACUUUCUCGUGGAGAGCAUAUCAUAUGAGCGUCGUCGCUAUGGACGUAUCAACACGGCUGCUUGUUUGUACUUCACCCUCGUUCUAGCCUGGCUUACCCUAUUCGGUUGGAUAAUCAUAAGUGUGAUCAAUAUUGUAAACUUACGCCGCACACGCUCGGCUCGAGUUUAAAUUGCGAAAAAUGACAACGAAACGAGACAAAUUUCUCAGCACGAUUAUUUUAACAUUUUAUCAUACAAAGCACAUUCCGCGCCACUUAUUUAUUAGAUCUUAAUAUAUAACGUCCACGGCUUUAGCCGCCAUUUACGCCUUGUACAAAUAAAAGUAUGAACAAUUUACAUUUAAAA